CAGUUCAGCUGUUUGUUGGUUUGAUUGACAGAUUAUUUGAGUUGUUUACAGUUCAGCUGUUUGUUGGUUUGAUUGACAGAUUAUUUGAGUUGUUUACGGUUCAGCUGUUUGUGUCCAGGAUGCUGGACUCAUGUUGGACACCAGCAGGGCUGUCAUGGUGAACGCUGCGUCCUGGAAACAGCCACAUCUUCUCAGAUUCAGAGAACCAACUACCAGUUCUGCUGCUGCAGCCACCACCUCUGCAACGCCAAUUACACUGAGGCUCCGCCCACUGCAGAAACACCUGCACCCGGGCACAUGAUGAAAGAUGACCAGAACAGCAGACACACAGAUCACUGGUUGACCCAAAAGGAGACGGUGCUCGUCGCCCUGGUAACCGUUUCUAUGGCAGCCAUUUUCAUCAUGGUGUUGUUCCUGGCAUACAGAGUGAUCAAAAGGAAACAAAAACUCAGUCUGUCUGCUGUUGAUGGGAUGGAGACAGGAAACAUCAACUCUGCAGUGGACUUCAACGACCUCAAACUGCUGGAG